CAGCUCCCGAGCCCCCAGAAUCGAUUUUAACCCUAUUUGUUUGGCGUAUCGCUGCCAUUAGGUUAAGUACGUUCGUCGAAAUGCCGAUGUCGAUGAAGAUGGCUACGGUUCAAUUCGCUGGGGCGGAGUCGAAGACAACGAAAGUCUACGAAAACUGCGUGGGUGUAUUACUCAGAGAAUAUAAAACUUGCUUGAUGGCGGCAAGUAAGAUCCUGCCAUCUUGCUGAAAAGCUCGUAACAGUUCUAAGUUCCCACACUCGCCAAAAUCCGUUUGGUUCCUUUUGCUACGAAAGUUUAGAGCAAACGCCACGACGGUGGUUGACGUGAAUCGCCUUUUCCUUUAGAGGAUGACCUUUAUCUAUAUAACUAACCGUCACCUCAUAAUAUUAUGAGGUGACGGUUAGUUAUAGCACAUAAUAACUACAUUGUCCGCUAAAAAUAACUACGAAGAUACACAAUAUUGGAUGUUUGUUAAUAAGUGGAGUAGAUCGCUAUCUGCUGGCUAUACGUAUGAGCGCUGGGACUGUUCACAGGUGCAGGAGUUGCUCACGGCAAACGUUAGAACAAAACAGAAACGAAGGAACGUUCUGCGCUAUCAACAGUAUUGAUCAGGCCGAAGAAAAGGCAAAGUAGAGUGCGUGCGGACAUUUUCUGCUAUUUAUAUUAACCUAUAUAGCAUGUUUAACGUUUGUUCGUCUUUUGAUAUUUUUCUCUGUCGUCUUUUGUUGAAAUUAUUUUGAGCUGUUUUCGAUUCUCUUUUUAUGACAUUGAUGAAAUUCGUAAUCAUCAUAAUAACUCUAGAACUGAUGCUGUCUGCGAAUCGGCCGAUCGUCUUUAAUAUAUGAUUGUGUCCGCGUUUCUAUUGUUGGCCAUUUAUUGGAAAUUUCUACUUCAGCCGUUUUGGUUACUUUUGUUGCCGACAAAGUUGGCACAAACUGUUCAUUGUACUACGGUGGUAUAGUGUUUGACAAAAAAAAAGUAAAUGAUCUCUAUGGCCAGGUAGCCUAUUCUGUUUGCACCCGGUUUAGGCGUUUCGGUCAACAAUGAUAUUGUUAAUAUAAUCGAUAACCAAAAUAUGAUAUAUAUCGUGCACUCUACAUUAUAUCAAUGCUCUGAUCAUGUCGGCACUGUCCUAUAGCAAACAAUCGAUCGACGAUCGGCCUUUCGACUGAUCGUUCAGUCAUUGAUAUCCCUAAAAUAGCUUCCUUCUGGUUUCAGCUAAAACAGAAAAAGGCUUGAUUUGGCGUAGAAGACAACUUGAAAAAAAAAACGAGUCUUCGUCUUCAGCUUCUCUUAAGAAAGAAAAGAGAGUUUUAAGAAAAACUGAAGUAAUUAGAUCACUGGCUUAGUUUGAGUUCAGCGCGCACUUCUCAAAUAAGUUUUUUAAAAUUGUAAACUUUGCGGUCAACUGAUUUCUUAUCGCUCGCAUUUUACCUGGACAAAGUUAACUUAUAAUAGGUAAUGGACCAAACAAACAGGAGUCUAUAAAAACCAAAUGCCAUUAUUGAUUAAUGCUGCCCUUACCACAGCGGUUUUUCGCGUUUGUUUUAUUAAGAAAACAAUUAUUAAUGAUGUUUUCAAGCCACGUCCCUUCUAACUUGACCCCACGAUCGUGUUUACCGGUUAAGCUCAGUGAUACGGGCGAAGGGCCAAUCGCCUGAAACGACAGUUAACGCCAGCACCGGACAGAUAUCCAGUAGGGUCAUUCAAAAUCGAUCGACGAAAAUGCCUAAUUACUAAUUUAAAAAAAAAAAACGAUACAACCUAUUGAAAUUCUUUGAGUAUUAACUUAUAAUACAUUGAAACUUGAACAAAAAAAGACUAAAAACCGGUCCACAUAUUUAAGUUAGUAGUGAAUUUGUAGGACAAAAGCUUACUUGUCCGUAGUACCCGAUUGAGCGGUAAAUUACGUUGCGUUUCUCACACAUCGUUUCACGCUUAAACUACAAAUUAGCUAUCAUUAUCCAGUUUAUGACAGCGCCUGUAAUAACACUGUGGUAAUCGUCAUGCAAUCGACGUGCGUGUCGGACGAGCCCUUUUGGCGCGACAAUAACCCGUCUCCGUGCGCUGUUGUCGGUCGCUAUGCGGGGUAGCCAGCAUCUUUACUUCUUUGUAUAUCUCAUUAGUCAUAGGCAGGCUAUGAUCAUAUGAACUUAACGACGAGUCACUUCCCAGUCGGCUGACAAUACGCACCGAAGCGUAUCCUUAAGGCCCAACGAUAUUAUUUAAUUCCUAUUAAUUAAUUUCAACAGUCGUUUACCGUUGCGAUUUGAGUAACAAACGGUAUUUGUUUAACUGCUUUCGACAGAGCUUAACUUUGUAGGCGCGCGCAAAAACAGCAGAUGUGUAUGAAAUGCACUUUACUAUCUGGAACGUGCAUCCCGGGGGUACAGUGUCAACAAAGUGUUUUAGCUCUCUUUCUAUAAAAUAGCUUUACAACGAAACUGCGAGCAGUCUUCCUUCCGUCGAUGUGUUCCUAGAAAUUGUUGGCCUUUUAGACGGCUAAAGGAGAUCAGGGUCUUCCAAAUCAUGUGCUGAAUACAUAUACAACUUGAUGAAGUUCGAACCAGAACUAUAUUAAGCCAAAUUAACAAUGGGUAAGGUUAGGAUAAGUGUCAUCACUGUUCUGUCAUAUACAAUGUAUAUUGAAGGUAGGCGACAUGGUGUAACCAUCAUUCAUGAUUCACUACAUUGGACUUCUACUUCGAUUAUCAGCCAUACGAAAGGAGUCGAGGUUCCCUUUAAUGAUACGAUGAACUCCACAAUGUUCGAGUGUUGUUGCCGUAGCGAGCAUUCACUGCCAGCUCUGAUUUUAGGCUAGAGCAAAAGAGAUACUGGGAAAAUUCUCUCAAUCGCAAAAGUAUCACAGCAGGAUCACAUAAGCACGCUUAACUACGAUUUCAUUGCGUGUGUAAUACGACAUUGGUACCCUAAAAUCUGUUGAAAUACACUAAAUGCUGUGUUGAGAAUGUUGAGAAAAAAGGCGCAUUUAAUGUUUGGCUAUUUUCCAACGAGCUAAACCCCAGCUCCUAAUUGACCCUCUCAUCCUACAGUACGAAGCAUGCAGCGCUUCUCGAGGCUUGGCAAGGGUACAGUCCUCAAACUUCCCCGUACCUGUACACUGUGCUGACCAUACGUGUCUCGGUAAAUUAAUUCACUCGGCCGAGGCACUUGUAUUGAACAGGUUCGAGCUGUGCUUUCCUCAAUGCUUGCCCCUCAUCAGCCGCAGAAGUCACAUAUGAAGAAAUGCAUCAAACGGAGUUUUUUUACCGGUAGAUUAGACGAUAAAUCCAUUUGAUUACGGUCAGUAUUCGGGUCAGUAACAGUCAUCGGUAUAAUGACGGUUUUUUAUUUCGACGACGCCUGGGGUUUACGUGCUAAAUUGACACUCAGCGCUUUAUUUCCGAAAAAGAAACGAUUAGGUAAGAGAAAAGUUAAACAUGUCAACUAAACAAUGAGUAUGAUCGUUCCGUAAUCAUAGAAAUCCCUGCUUAAAAGAGACUUCUUAUGACGUGUUCUAUAGUAAUACGUUUUGGCCGAUAACAUCAUGAUCGAGUCUGCGCAGACGUGAGAGGUGCUACGUGUCUGAGAAACGCACAAUACGUUUAGAAUGAGAUUACUACCAUUUUGUUUGUAACAUACAUGAGCCUAUGAGUCAAUGAUAUUAUCACGGGGUGCCAAAAAACAAAAGAGUGGUCGCUAAUGUUCACCUUAGCUGACAGUAGCAAUCGUAAAAUAUUGCAACUUUGGGAACGCGGUAUGACGAACAGAACAGGGCUAGUUCGUCACUUGCCUGUGAGACGUGCCGAAAGUGACGAGUGCUGUUUAUCGUGCCUGAGGUUUCCGCCCUAAAACGACUGCAAUGAAAGUGUCGACAGUUGUAGGUGAUGUUCAUUCUGGAUACGCACUUCGGCUGGAAAAACUGGCUAGUACGAACUGCUGCGGUGUCCCAUAUAUCAACGGUAUCUGCUGACACGCUCUUCGGUGUCAGCAUUGCCAAAACAUUGCCGUUUUGUAGACCUUCCCUGCCGUUUAGCAAAAGCCCCCUUGCCGCUGCCACCAGCAUGAGUCAAUUGCAUUCGAACCUGCUGAAACUGCUCCUCUCGAAAAAGCAGCUGAAGCUAUCAGCAAUCAAGGCGCGCCGCUUACGCGAGGCCCUGAAAAGGCUUCAUGAGGAGGCUGCGGGCGAAGGCCAUGAGAGCUCGUCCUACUUUGGAGUGCCGCUACAACUGCAACAACAGGGAACUUCAUCGUUAAUUAGCAGUCCAGUACCUCAUAUACUUGAGGCCAUCACAUCUCAUCUGUUAGAACACGCUGGCCAAGAGGGGAUCCUACGCAAAAGCGGAAAUGAACGCCGUGCGACAGCUUUAAAGGACAUGAUGGAGGCUAAUAACGGUCAGGUACCCCCAGGACAAGAGUAUUCCGUUCACGAUGUUACUUGUGUUUUAAAGAGAUGGUUGCGGGCACUACCCGAACCUGUUGUACCUCAUAUAUUGCACGAAGUAUUUGUCAAGUGUGUCCAAUUAGAGUCCCAUCAUCAUCGAACUCAGAGCCUUCUUCUGGCCUGUCUAUUGAUGCCAGCUUUUCAUUUAAAUACGCUCAAGCAUGUUGCAUUAUUUCUACAGGAGGUGUCAAAACUCGAUACAAAGAAUAAGAUGAGUUCAGCAAAUCUAGCCAAAGUUGUAGCGCCAUCACUGAUGCCUGGUGCAAUUAAGGUUGAAACCAACCCUGAAAUGGCAGCGCGUUUCAGUGAACGAGCGACUAUAGCGGUGCAAGUACUUAUUGAUCACGCACAACUGAUUGGUACGCUGCCGCCAGAGCUUGAACCAUUAAAGGACACCUACAAGAUUUCUUCUGAAGAUGAACUCAGUGACCACGGAGAGCCAAUGGUAAAACGGAAGCUGUUCACUUUUCUCAAAUCCAAGGGCGGUAGUCACAAAGCAAUUCUUCGCGGAUCGAGCACCAUGCGCAAUUCUCGAAAGCUUGCUCCCGCCGGAGGAGUAAUUGCCUUUGGAGGGACCAACCUCACCAGCUCUAAACCGAGGGGCAGGCGACCGAGUGGGGCUAAACUAGCUGGUCUAAAUGACACGUCAGUUAGUGAUCCAGCUGAACAGAAAAUUUUGGUGCCAGAAAUAACACCGACCAAGGGCGACAUUCGAACGACGCGUGGUGCCUCUAAGCGACGCCAACUCAGCGCUGAAACAGUCGGCCGAAUCCGUGAGAGAAGGGCAUUGAGGGCGAUUCAGAAUAAUUCAAAAAGUCAAUCAAGUGUGCGGUCUUUGCCCACAACUGUGGUCACCAACACAGGCAGCGGAAUAAAUGGCCGCAGGAGAUCCGUUCGAAGAGCGGCGACAUGUCGUACUGCAACACGUAUUGGAUCAACCAUAAAUUCAUCUUCGAUUCAGAGAGUUCCACGGACGGAGUCAAAGUCCAGUAAGGCGCAGUCACAGGAGAAUGUUGAAAACACGACAAUAGAGCCACGGCCUGUUUUAACAGUCACCUCGGUGAACGAGGUGCCUGUCCUUCGAAAGGGUGGUAGUUUAAAGGCAGAGAAAAACCUUUGCAACACUCUUCAAGAAAACUUUCGGGAGACGAUCAAAGAGUGUCAGGAAGUGGAACUGCGAACGAAACCCCCAGCUUCACCUGUCGACAAGGAGAGCGCACGGAAAAGUUUUUUAGCAGCCAUGCUAGGGGCACAGGAAGGACAGAAUGAAAUAGAAAAAUUGAGCGUGGCAUCCGACAAGCACGAAAAUGAUUGCACUAACCACGAAGUCGCUGACCAGCUAGCGGAGCAAAAGCCCGAUUCGUCUAUUACUAAUAGUACGGAUUUCGUUGAUGGUGCUAACGAACCUGCUCUGGAUCGCCAUGGAGCUUUACGCAAACCACUGAUGCCUUCCAAUCGGAGAGCUCUCAGGCGUGAGCCUCACGUUCGGCCGAUGACGGCCACCAUCACCGUACAGUUAUAAAAUAUGAGUUCAUUAUAAUUGCCUUUACUCGUCGCUAACGUGUAUUGAGAGCAAUUGUAAUAAUAUAAUACCAUAUUCUAUUGAAAUCGCUUUGUUAGAUGGCCCUUUGGUCAACUCAUUAUUCCGUAGCGCAUGUUUGUCCUUCCAUGUAGGCCAUUCUAUGCCAUGGUAGUUUAUAUCGCGCUGUUGUCUCGGUGCUAUAAUGACCUAUAUGAACGCCUGCUGGAACCCUAUGUCGGAUGCCUCAACGAUGACACGUGAUCUCCUUGCUUCGGCAUUUUAUCUUGCUUGUUUCUUUGAAAACAAUCAAUGUGUGUACCUUGAUGCGUGCCUACAUGAAACUCUCAUUAGAGCACGUAUCGGCUACUGAUUCAAUCGGUCUUUCGGAUCUAGCUCCGACCAAUCUACACUAAUUUAAUUGUUAUUAUCGAACUGCGUUCAUAUCCUAGUGGGUAGCGUUCACAGGCGUACCAUAUUAAAAUAUAACCGAAUUGUAAAAAAUAGUAACUUUGGUGCACAGGAAACCUAGUUUAGAAAUGGUCGUUCCGCGAUCUUGAGAUAUAAACAAUCGUAAUCUAAUCAAGGUGCUAAAAUGCGUUUUUAAAACUUUUUGAGAAAUAAAAAUGUUUAAAAUGUUUUUUUUUUUUUGUUUAACUACUGUUUGCUUUUGUUAAUCCAACCUUAUGUUCAAUUGUUUAUAUAAAUUAAUCUUUGACAAUUAAACGAUGACGUAAACGACGGCGAUCAAUCUCAAUUGUCGAUGUCUUCAUAAUAUUGAAGACAUUGGUUUUCAAGAAGAGAUAAUUCUCGCGUGCAUUUUUGCAAGCACUACCUAUUUCAGUGGACUAGAUGGCUCGAAAACGCAGCGCAAAGAUAUGGUCAUCAUUAUCCAACUCGAUUUUGAAGCUAUCGAACCUUUUCAAACGUUUGUGCUUAUACCAUCAGAAGAAUGGAUUCUUGCUACUACUUGCUUUGUAUGUAUCUUAGUGUACAUUUUGUAUAGAUGAAUACAUUGUAUAUUUAAGAAAAAAUAAAAGUCACU